AUGUGUCAACUAAAUCAGUACCUGUUUUCUAUGAUGAUUGUGGGAAUUGUUGAAACAGAAAUGUUAUUUUUUUUAUUUAACUUUCCAGAUAAUGAUAUUUGUACUCAGUGCCCAGAAGACCAUUGGCCAAAUGAGCAGAAAACAGCUUGUUUUGAAAAGGUUGUAACAUUUCUGUCCUUUGAAGAUCCCAUUGGAAUUAUCCUGACAUUUAUAGCAGCUUUAUUUUCAUUUAUAUCUGGUGGGGUUCUGGAAAUAUUUGUUAAGUUCCAGGAUACUCCAAUUGUCAAAGCCAACAACAGGGAUCUUAGCUACCUUCUACUGAUAUCGCUCAUGUCCUCCUUUCUUUGUUGUGUUAUCUUCAUUGAACGCCCGGAUCAGGUAACCUGCUUCCUGAGACAAGCCGUUUUUGGGAUAACUUUCUCCAUUUCCGUGUCUUGCCUUUUGGCUAAAACUUUGAUUGUUGUCAUCGCCUUCAAUGCCACCAAACCAGGAAACAAUUUGAGGAAAUGGGUUGGUGCCAAAGUCCCCAAAUUUAUCGUCUUUAUUUGUUCAUCCAUUCAAGUCCUUAUUUGUGCCCUGUGGCUGAUUGUAUCUCCACCUGCCCCAUCGUAUAACACACACUCUGAAGUUGGAAAAAUCAUAGUUGAGUGUGAUCAAGGGUCAGCUGUUGCUUUUUACAUCAUCCUUGGAUAUCUGUGUAUGCUGGCCUCUGUAAGCUUAGUUGUUGCAUUUCUGGCCAGGAAGUUACCCGACACAUUUAAUGAUGCCAAAUUUAUCACUUUCAGUAUGUUGGUUUUCAUCACCGUUUGGAGUUUUUUUAUUCCAACAUAUCUCAGUGCGAAAGGGAAAUCCACAGUGGCCGUUGAAGUAUUUGCAAUCCUAGCGUCGAGUUCUGGCUUAUUGGGUUGUGUAUUUGCUCCGAAAUGUUAUAUUAUUUUGUUAAAGCCUGAGAGAAAUAGGAAAAAUUAUAUAUUAAGAGGAUGAAAGUGAAUUAUAAAGAGCAUUUGUGUACUGAAAAAUGACUGCCCUCAUCGGCAAUAUAAAACUAUUAAAUAUUAUUUUUAAACUCUAAAA